CGGGGUUCUUCCUCUCUCAAGAUGGCGCAGACAGUGAACAUUACCGACUUGUCUCUGCCGCAGUUGGAGGGAUUGAAAAGUCAGUUGGACCAGGAAGUGGAGUUCCUGUCCUCCUCCAUCGCUCAGCUAAAGGUGGUUCAGACCAAGUAUGUGGAGGCAAAGGAGUGCCUGAGUGUGCUGAACAAAAGCAAUGAAGGGAAGCAACUGCUUGUUCCCCUGACCAGCUCUAUGUAUGUGCCUGGGACUCUUAAUGAUGUGUCAAAUAUACUGAUCGAUGUGGGUACUGGAUAUUAUGUGGAAAAGACUGUAGAGGAUGCCAAGGACUUUUUCAAGCGGAAGGUUGAAUUCCUAACUAAGCAGAUUGAGAAGAUUCAGCCAGCCUUGCAAGAAAAGCAUGCCAUGAAGCAAGCUGUCAUAGAAAUGAUGAGUAUAAAAAUCCAACAGCUAUCAGUGGCUAAAGCUGGAACAUCCAAGGCUUAAGGCAAGGCCAGGAGGACUCCCUUUCCAGCAAGAACUCUCUGAAAUACUUGUAUACGUGGCUCAGUUUGUUAACGCAGUAAGGCCCCGGACUACUUAACAGACUGUGCUGCAGUUCUCUGCAGCUUCCACAACAAAAGGGGUUAACUUAUUACUUUUCUUGUGUUUUCUCAAUUUUAUUUUGUAUUUCAAACAUAAACAUUCUCAUGAAA